AUGCCUGUACCCAAGGAUCGUCUUGAUCGCGAGUAUUUUGAACCAUUGAGAGUUUUGCAAAAGAAUGAUACAGAGUUGUAUUUGGGACUUUUGCAUCAAGAUGACCUAGACGGAACGAAAAUCAGAAUUAGAAGGGCGAGUGAAUUUGUGGAAGACUUUGGUAUUGCGACAGAGUGUGGUCUAGGUCGUGCGGAUGCGGCAGAAUUGGAGAGUAUUUUGGAGAUUGCAAAGGAGAUUACAGAAGAAUAA